ACCCCCUCUUUUGAGAUAAUUAUCUACCCCUCUCUUCAGGCUUGACUGUGUUGAGCUCAUUCCAGACUUUACUCUCGCAGCUCUGCUCUCUCUCUCUUCGAUCAUCGCACACCAGUAAGUAGCAAGGAUGGGAACGUCGUUCAAGCCUGUCGCAGCUGCUCUUCUGCUCUGCCUUCUGCUGCCUUUGGCUUUUGCCGCGCCCAAUGAUGGGCUGGUCAGGGUUGGGAUCAAGAAGAGAAAGUUUGAUCAGAACAACCGUGUUGCUGCCCAGCUGGGUUCUAAAGAAGGGGACUUGUUGAGUGCUUCCGUCAGGAAGUACCGGUUUCGUGGGAAUUUGGGAGAUAGCGAGGAUGCCGACAUCGUGAUCCUGAAGAACUACAUGGAUGCUCAGUACUUUGGGGAGAUUGGUAUCGGCACCCCCGCACAGACUUUUACGGUGAUAUUCGACACGGGUAGUUCGAACCUGUGGGUGCCUUCUUCCAAGUGCUAUUUCUCGCUUGCUUGCUAUCUCCACCCUAGGUACAAGUCAAGUAAAUCAAGCACCUACAAGGAGAAUGGAAAAUCUGCUGCUAUCCAGUAUGGAACUGGAGCUAUUUCUGGCUUCUUCAGCGAGGAUAAUGUAAAAAUUGGUGAUAUUGUUGUCAAGGAUGUGCAAUUUAUUGAAGCAUCUAAGGAGCCAGGCAUCACAUUCUUGGUGGCUAAAUUUGAUGGUAUACUCGGGCUUGGGUUUCAGGAGAUCUCUGUGGGGAAUGCCGUCCCUGUGUGGUACGACAUGAUUGAACAAGGACUCAUCAAUGAGCCAGUUUUCUCAUUCUGGCUUAACCGCAAUGCUGAUGAGGAGCAAGGGGGUGAACUUGUUUUUGGUGGUGUGGAUCCUAACCACUUUGUGGGUGAGCACACAUAUGUGCCUGUGACUGAGAAAGGUUAUUGGCAGUUUGAUAUGGGUGAUGUUUUGGUUGGUGGAAAAUCUACUGGAUUCUGUUCCGGUGGCUGUGCAGCCAUUGCUGACUCUGGAACCUCUUUGUUAGCCGGACCAACGGCAAUUAUUACAGAAGUUAAUCAUGCCAUUGGUGCUACUGGGGUAGUCAGCCAAGAAUGCAAGCUUGUAGUUUCUGAAUAUGGAGAAACUAUAAUUCGUAUGCUUUUGGCAAAGGAUGAACCUCUGAAGAUAUGUUCUCAGAUCGGCUUAUGUGAGUUUGAUGGAUCACGAGGUGUUAGCAUGGGUAUUCGAAGUGUUGUGAACGAGAACUUUGAGAAAGCAGUUCAUGCUACCAGUGAGGCAAUGUGCAGUGCUUGUGAGCUGGCAGUUGUCUGGAUGCAGAACACGCUUAAGCAGAAUGAAACACAGGAACAGAUACUCAACUAUGCAAAUGAUCUCUGCGAUCGAAUCCCAAGCCCAAUGGGUGAAUCAGUAGUUGAGUGUGCCGGCUUGUCUACCAUGCCUAAUGUUUCAUUUACUAUUGGUGGAAAGGUCUUUGAACUUACUCCGGAGGAGUAUGUCCUCAAAGUUGGUGAGGGGCCUGCUGCUCAGUGCAUUAGCGGAUUUACAGCACUCGAUGUCCCGCCACCACGUGGCCCUCUCUGGAUCCUGGGUGAUGUGUUCAUGGGCCGUUACCACACCGUGUUUGACUACGGCAACCUCAGAAUUGGGUUUGCAGAAGCCGCGUAGUUGGACUGUUUCUCUAAUGUUCUGCUGGUUCAGCUCCGGUGCCGGCGUGGUAUCUUUUAUUAUUCUCUCCUGAUGUGGUGACACACUGUAUCAGUAUAACUUUCCCUGUGAGUGCCACAUGCUUGUAUAUAGUUGUGUCUCGCCGGAAGUCUGAGAAGUAUGUUUGUUGUGGAACUGCAACAUGCAGGACUGUGUAACGCCUUGAACACAGACUAAAAUGUUGUUGUGCACUCUCGUAAGGUAUUAUUUUGGGAGAGCGAAUGGUAUACUAUGCACACAAAUUUGGCGAGGCCUAUCUUCUUGCCUGUUAUUUAUGUGAUGUAAAUGCAACUAGUUGAGUAAGUGGUCGUUUGGAAGUUGAGAAUGUUAAAUCGUUGCAUUGUAAUGAAUCACCAUAAUAUAAAUGCAUGUAUUGAUACAAUAUAUGCAUUUUAACAAUACAUUGUUUGGUUGUUGAGAUUCUACUUAAUGCAUUGAUUUACAUAAAGUUACUUUUAUGGGUGAAAUGUCAC